CGCGCUUCUUCGGUGCCUCGAGAGAAAAUAAUAACAAAUGGUGUUAGCCCAAUUUCAUCGUCCUCGAAAAUAAAUCCCAGUCUCCACAGCCACGACGACAAUCAAGCCUCUUCUCGUUUCACUUCUUUGGUUCCGAGUCCUGUAACUUCCACUCAUCCCAAUUCUCAGCGCUGCAACUUCCGGCUUCAGCGAAGAGCGAACCGCUGUUUCUGAAUUGCCAAUGUUUCCUCCCUUCCAUCUCUCAUUCCUGCCCUAAACCCUAGAAGACGGCCGACGCCUCCGCUCCAUCACCACCUCCCCAAUCUUCCCUCCGACUAAUCCCACCAACAAAUUCCUUGGCCCCAAAUUGCCAGUGCCAGGCCAAAGCUAUGGCUUCCAGAGACCAGGCUGUGGCUCUACUAUGCGCCGCUAGAACGCACGGCGAUGUUGCUAUCAAGCUUUCUUCCCUGAGGCAGGCCAAAGACAUUCUCUUGUCCGUAGACCCGUCCUUGGCCGCCGAGCUCUUCCCGUACUUGGUUGACCUUCAGUAUUCGCCUCACAAUCUCGUUAGGAAGAUGCUCCUUGAGAUAAUUGGUGAAAUUAGUAUGAAAGCGAUGGAACAUUGUCACCUGUUAGUGCCUGUUUUGUUGGCUCUUCUAAGAGAUUCAGAUCCUAUCAUUGCGAGGGACGCUGUUGCCAGUGGCAUACAUUUUUACUGUGCUGUUCUGGAGGAAAUGGCAUUGCAGUUUCACCAACGUGGAAAAGUAGAACGCUGGCUCGAAGAACUCUGGCUUUGGAUGCUUAAAUUUAAAGAUUCUGUUUUUUCCAUGGCUUUUGAGGCUGGUUCCAUUGGACCGAAGUUGCUGGCAUUGAAGUUUCUGGAAACAUAUAUUUUACUUUUUACAGCUGACACCAAUGAUUCCGACAACAGUGUUGUGGGAGGAAGUAGACGGUUAUUUAAUAUAUCAUGGUUGGGAGGUUACCACCCUGUGUUGGAUCCAGUUUUCUUCAUGUCUGAUGCAAAUAGGACUUUAGGUAUUCUAUUGGAUUUUCUAAGGUCGCCGAGAAGUCUUCCUGGUUCAUUGAUAAUUUCCAUUGUUAAUUGCAUGCUGGCCAGCUUUCUCAUGCGGAAUGUACUGGGCUUGGAUACUGCACCGUCCAGAUAAUGGAAGUUUACAGUGUAGACAGUAUCCCCACCUCUUACAAUUCUUUGGAUCACCAGUGGCCAGUUAUUGGAAUGGUUAACUGAUGUCUUUCAGCUAUAGCAAGGAAGAGGCCUAUCCACUAUGAUAUCAUCCUUUCAGCAUUGCUUGAUUUUGAUCCGAACUUUGAGACUGCUAAGGGUGUUCUUCCAGUCAGUAUCCAGUACUCCUUGAGGACAGCCUUUCUAGGAUUCCUUCGGUGCACCAGUCAUACCAUUAUAGAGUCAAGAGAUAGGUUGUUGAUGGCUUUACGUGCCUUGAAUGCUGGGGAUGCUGCCGAUCAAGUUGUCCGCCAAGUUGAUAGAAUGAUAAAGAAUGGCGAGCGUAGCUCACGUGAAUCCAGGUUCAGUACCAGGGAUGAUCAACAAUCAAACCAACCAGUCAUUUCAAUGGACCAAUCGAGGAAAAGAUCAAUGCCCCUGGAUACUGAUGAGCAAGCUAAUGGUCACGUGGUGUCUCUCAAGCGAACUCGUUAUGACCCGUCGAGUAUGGCAACUCACACUGAUCAUUCUGAGAAGGAUUCUAUUCUAGGCAAUGGCACGGCAGCUAAUGCCUCCCUAGUAGAUGGUGAUUUGACUCCUGCUGAACAGAUGAUUGCUAUGAUUGGUGCAUUACUCGGGGAAGGAGAGAGAGGGGCUGAAUCACUUGAAAUUCUCAUUUCAAAUAUUCAUCCUGAUCUACUUGCUGACAUUGUCAUUACUAAUAUGAAACAUUUGCCUACGACCUUUCUAUCUUUACCGAAGGUUGGGAGCUUGCCAAUUAGUCGCCAACUUGGCUCUCAGACCAGUCCUGCACAUGUUAUUGCUCCACCUAUCAUUCCAACCCAGUCUACUUCUCUAGCCCCUUCCUCUCAUGUUUCAACAUCUGCUCAACCUAUCAAUAUUUUGUCUCAAGCUGACACAUCAAAUGCCAAUACCUUCCCAACAGAUUCUAAACGUGAUCCGAGACGGGACCCCCGCCGCCUGGAUCCACGCCGUACAAUGCCGCCUGCACCAACAUCUAUUGUGGAUGAUAUUGGUGUCGUGGAAUCUGAAUUUGAUGGGUCUUCUACUUUAAGUAAGUCUUCGUCAUUUUCUGUGCCAACACCUGCUGAGAAUGACCUGGAUGCUUUACCGUUAAACUACACAGUUAACGUAAAAGAAGAACCCACCCCUGAACUGGAUCAAGUUUCUACGAAAGAUGAGGGUUCAUGCACAGCUGAGGAACUUGUUCAUACUUCAGAGUCCGAUAUUGUUCCAGAACAUUCGUAUUCCCUUCCUGAUGAAGACAACCGUGAUGCAUUAGCAGUUUCAGAUUUUGAAGUGGCAUAUGAUGCUGAAACGUCUUUCGUGGAAUCUGAUGAGUAUUCUUCUCCUGCUGAUUCAAAAGAAUGUCUGACUGAGGAGACUUUUGGGGAUUUAGCCGAGCUUCCGUUGUAUGUUGAACUGGAUGAAGCACAACAAAGAAAUGAGAGGAACACAGCAAUUGAGCGGAUUAUUGAAUCCUAUGGGAAAUUAUCUGACGCUGAUUGUGGAAGCCAGAUGCGCAUGGCACUCCUUGCUCGGUUAGUUGCUCAGAUUGACGCAGAUGAUGAUGUUGUUGAGCUGCUGCAGAAACAUAUAACAGUGGAUUACCGACAACAGAAGGGGCAUGAGCUUGUGCUUCACAUCCUAUACCAUCUGCAUUCUCUCAUAGCUGUAGAUGCAAAUGGAAACCCCUCAUAUGCUGCUGCAAUAUAUGAGAAAUUUCUAGUGGCAGCGGCCAAAUCUUUGCUUGAUGCUUUCCCGGCAUCUGACAAGUCGUUUUGUCGACUGUUGGGCGAAGUUCCGCUUCUGUCCACGUCAGCAUUGAAAUUGUUGGAAAAUUUGUGCUAUUGUGAUGUUUUUGAUUCACAUGGAAAUGAGGUUCGUGAUGUUGAACGAGUCACUCAGGGUCUUGGUGCUGUUUGGAGUUUGAUUCUUGGGCGACCAAAGGAUCGGCAAGCAUGUUUAGAUAUAGCGUUGAAGUGUGCUGUCCAUUCACAAGAUGAUGUCCGAGCAAAAGCUAUUCGGCUGGUGGCGAACAAACUUUACCAGCUAAGCUACAUUUCAGAAAAUAUUGAGCAAUUUGCAACCAGUAUGUUGCUAUCUGCCGUAGAUCAGCAGUCCUCAGAUGUGGAGCUUUCUCAGUCUGCUUCCGUUGAGCAAAGAGAAGGCGAGGUUGGAACCCAGGAAGCCUUGAUUAGUGGUUCUCAAGUUCAGAGCGUUUCUACCAUGUCUCUCCCAGAAGCCCAGCGUCUUCUGUCUUUGUUCUUCGCUUUCAAACUUGCUUCUGUAGUGCUUGUGAUGCUGAUGAAUUUUUUUUUUGUUUUGUUGUUGUUUCAGAAACCUAGUCUCCUUCAACUUGUCUUUGAUGUUUAUGGGCGAGCACCAAAAGCUGUAAAGCAGGCUGUUCAUCGUCAUAUACCCAUUCUUAUAAGGGCUCUAGGACCAUCUUAUUCCAAAUUGCUACAGAUAAUAUCUGAUCCACCUGAAGGGUGUGAAAACCUUUUGAUGCUGGUGGUCCAAAUACUAACUCAGGAGACAACACCUUCCGCUGAUUUGAUUGCUACUGUCAAACAUCUAUAUGAAACUAAGCUAAAGGAUGCCACUAUACUUAUUCCAAUUUUAUCAUCCCUAUCGAAGAGCGAGGUGUUACCUAUAUUCCCUCGACUUGUUGGCCUUCCCAUAGAGAAGUUUCAGAUGGCAAUAGCUCAUAUUUUACAGGGUUCAGCACAUACAGGUCCAGCGUUAAGUCCUGCAGAGGUUUUGGUUGCCAUCCAUGGUAUCAGUCCAGAUAAAGAUGGCCUUCCACUCAAAAAGAUAAUGGAUGCAUGCUCGGCAUGUUUUGAACAGAGGACAGUUUUUACUCAGCAAGUCUUGGCCAAGGCUCUGAAUCAGAUGGUUGAUCAAACGCCUUUGCCCUUGCUCUUCGUGCGAACAGUAAUCCAGGCAAUUGAUGCAUUUCCUUCGCUGGUUGAUUUUGUCAUGGAGAUACUCUCGAAACUUGUUGGUAGGGAGGUGUGGAAAAUGCCAAAAUUAUGGGUUGGAUUCCUGAAAUGUGUUUCCCAAACGCUGCCUCACUCUUUCAGCGUAUUAUUACAGCUACCGCCUCCACAACUAGAAAGUGCACUGAACAAAUAUGCUAAUCUUAGAGGCCCCUUGGCUGCUUAUGCGUGUCAACCCAGUAUAAAAGGUUCGGUACAUAGAUCAACUUUAGCAGUACUAGGGCUUUCGGAUGAAAUGCACAUACAACCGUCUCAUGUCCAAACUUUGCAAUCUUCAAAUACUGCUUCAACUCAAGCGGCAGCAAACCUUACGUGACAAACAGAAGGAAUUGAUUGUUUGGGCCUUCCUGUUGUAGCUACUGCCACGGCAAUAGUUUCCCGGUUCCAGCAUGGCAAAGAUGCUGAGGUGAUGGUGGAAAUCAACUUUUAGCGAAUAGUUGUGCCACCAUGAGAAAAGCCUGCGGUGUGACAGCGGUGGAGAGAUAUAGAAGUAGUUUGUAUAUGUUCAAUUUUUGUUCCUUCCAAUGUGUUUGGUGAAAUUUCGGUGCUUAAGUAAGUAAUAUGCUUCAUUAAAAGAUAAGACCAGUCUAGGGCCACAGUGCAUAGCUCGAGCCAUUGUUUCUUCGCUGCUUUAGGUUGAGAUGGGCUUCUUAUUCCGACCACUUGUAAAUGCCUGUGUACCAAAAAUGGUGGCAAUUAUGAUCACAAUAAAGAUGUAUUCGUGAAACUAACAAAGCACCGAGAAUCCGAAUGGAAUGAGAAUUCGUUCUUGAUGUUAAGCUGUUUCACAGUAAGUUUAUCACAAU